UCUCAUCUUUCCAUUCUCUUCCAUUCUAUUCUGGAGCAGUGGAAUUUUCAAUAAUCGCUGAUAUAUCGAAACAAAGAAAAGCCAAAAAUUAUAUUCUCCCCACCAUAUUCUCUCCGCAGAGCAUAAAUUCUCAAUCCACUCCAUAAAAACGAUGCCGUUCUGCGAGGUGGGGAAAACGCGGAGCGACGUCGACGCAGCACUAAACAAUGGGAUCCAGAUUUUUCAUCGGACUUAUGGUCACGGCGCCACUAAAGUUCUCCUCAUCAUAGGAUUGGCGGGGACACACGACUCAUGGGGCCCACAAAUCAAGGGACUGACCGGAACCGACAUGCCCAACGACGAUGAAACCAUGGCGGUUGAUCGGGAAUCCGGCGGAGGUCACAAUGAGGUCGGUGGCAUCGAGGUUUGUGCCUUUGAUAAUCGUGGGAUGGGUCGGAGCUCCAUUCCCACCAAAAAAUCCGACUAUACGACAAGAAUUAUGGCAAAAGAUGCAAUUGCCUUAUUGGAUCAUCUGGGCUGGAAGAAAGCCCAUGUUUUCGGACAUUCAAUGGGAGCUAUGAUUGCUUGUAAGAUGGCGGCAAUGGUUCCUGAUAGAAUUCUUUCUUUGGCAUUACUUAAUGUAACAGGGGGAGGUUUUGAAUGUUUCCCAAAGCUUGACCGCAAAACAAUAUCCAUUGCAAUUCGUUUUUUGAAGGCGAAGACUCCUGAGCAAAGAGCAGCAGUUGACUUAGACACACAUUACUCGGAGGAAUAUCUUGAGGAGUCUGUUGGAUCUAACACUAGAAGAGCAAUUUUGUAUCAAGAAUAUGUAAAAGGCAUAACAGCAACUGGCAUGCAAUCUAACUAUGGUUUUGAUGGUCAAAUCAAUGCAUGUUGGACACAUAAAAUGACACGAAAAGAAAUUGAAUUAAUUCGUUCGUGUGGAUUUCUUGUAUCAGUCAUUCAUGGCAGGCAAGAUGUCAUUGCUCAAAUAAGUCAUGCUAGGAGGCUUGCAGAGAAGCUGCAGCCUGUUGCCAGAAUGUUAGAGCUUCAUGGGGGGCAUCUAGUAAGUCAUGAGAGGACAGAAGAGGUUAAUCAAUCUCUUCUUGACUUGAUAAAGGCAUCGGAAAUGAAGAUGAGUCCACAUGAUUGGAACAACUUCCCCAAGAUAAGUUCCGAAACAUCAAGCGGAAUAAUUGUAGAGGGGGAAACCAACAUAAUCUUAGGAAAGCUCUACUUCUACCUAUUAUAUCUAUUCAGUCUAUUUAUGAUGGCAUUAAAGUACGGAAGAAGUGCUCUACAGAGGCUAAAACCAGCAAGAGUUGGAGCUUCCCUAACAUAGUCUCCUUUUUUAGCUGGUAAAUUCUGAGUUUGUCUUUCCUUGUGUUUGAAAGCAGGUUUAGUGUAGAGUAAACUGAGACUCAACCGCUGGUAUCUUCUAUUCUUUUUGCAGGUUUCAUAAAUUUGUCAGCCAUUGUGGCACAGCCCCCUUUGAUUAGGCUGUUACCUUAUUUGUAUAUUAUUGUGAAAACCUAGUAAAAAAAAUUAAGAGUAAGAGAAGCAAAAUUUGUAAAUGAA